AUGGCCAUCCUCAGAUCGACAUAUCGCAACCCUUUUAUUAUUAUUGGUGGCGCCGGAUCGCUCUAUUACAGGAAUGGAGUCCAAUUGUGUGAUGAUGAGAGCUUUGCAUAUAAGCACUGGUACGCGUGGCCGGAUGUCCAUCUCGACUAUAUGUCUACACGCAUGUUUGAUCAUGGGCAGAGAGCAUUCGGUACAUUCAUCCGUACGUUCAAAUGGGCAAGAUCAAAUUUCGAGAAUCCUGGCUGGUUCUCCCUGUUAUUCAGACCGUUUGCUAGCUGGUUCUUGUGGUCUGCCAAGAAGAACCUUACCAGUCGGAACACGCUUGGGCUUAUCUUUUGCUCCCGAGCAGCGCUCACUAUGUGGGAAGGUGUGCAAGAAACCAAAUGGAGCUUUCUGUCACCCCCUUGGCAGUUGCGUGAUAAAGGAAUCCGAACCGGAAAGUAUGAGGUACACGUGGAUGAUACUAUGGGCUCCGCUGAGUAUGGAAUUAACAACGGAAUAUAUAACGAGGAUAUGGCAGUAGCCAUUGUGGACGAGAUUGAGAACAACAAGUUGACCCACAAGCACUGGACCUGUACCGGGCCAAUUGGUGUGAAGGAAUGGUAA